UUGCGUGCCUGCGUCACCGCGGCGGCGGGGGGGGCGGUGACGUGAGACGUCAGCGGCGCCGGCGUGCAUGACGCAGUUGCCCAUGGUAACCCGGGAGCCGCGUAGAGGAUGGGUUUACUGUCAAUCCUGCGCAAACUGAAGAGCGCGCCAGACCAGGAGGUAAGGAUCCUUCUCCUGGGGCUGGACAAUGCUGGCAAGACCACGCUUCUGAAACAGCUGGCGUCCGAAGACAUCAGCCACAUCACACCGACACAGGGCUUUAACAUUAAAAGCGUACAGUCCCAAGGCUUCAAGCUGAACGUCUGGGACAUAGGCGGACAAAGGAAGAUCCGGCCGUACUGGAGGAACUAUUUUGAAAAUACUGAUGUCCUUAUCUAUGUCAUUGACAGCGCAGAUAGAAAGAGGUUUGAAGAAACGGGUCAGGAGCUGGCCGAGCUCUUGGAUGAGGAAAAGCUCAGUGGAGUCCCUGUGCUCAUAUUUGCUAACAAGCAGGAUUUGCUUACGGCUGCCCCUGCUUCCGAGAUCGCCGAGGGACUGAACCUGCACACAAUCCGCGACAGAGUCUGGCAGAUCCAAUCGUGUUCGGCCCUCACAGGGGAGGGAGUGCAGGACGGCAUGAACUGGGUCUGCAAAAACGUCAACGCCAAGAAGAAAUAAAAUAAAGUGCAGCAAGUUGCGUGGACGCCGGAGGAGCUGCAGGAGGCACAAGUCUGUCCUGAAAACACUAAUUUGCUGCUUUCUGACCAAAUGUUUUUCCAUCUGUGCACAGCUACAGCUGUUAAAAGGGAACCACAGUUAAACCGAUUGCUGGAAUUGGAACUCGACCUGCUCUUUAGCCUAUUCUUUUGCCCAAUAAAGGAACUGCAAUUCUCCA